AUUUGACAUUCAUUUGAAUUUAUUCCUUGUUGACAAAUUUUGUCAAAUUUAAAAAGCAACAAACAUAAUAAUAUUAUGGAUAUUACAACAAAAUUGUCAGGUUUACAAGAAAUAUCCAAAGCACAACUCUCCAAGAUAUUAAACGUGGUUUCAAACCCGAAGUAUUUAAUAAUAGAACCAUCAUUAAUUAGGCCACUGGAAAGAGUAUGUGGUGUUACAUGGUUAAAAGGAAAUGGCAUAGAGAAAAUAUUUAAAUUAGAACCCGUAAAUCCAUAUGCAGGAUCAAAUGUUGUAUUUUACAUGAUAUAUUUUGAUACAAUAGUAUUUAAACAGGUAGUAGAUCAGAUCAGAUCACAGAUUGAGAACAUUGAACAACCAGUAAAGAAUAAAUUUCACAUUAUUGUAGUACCUUGUUACAAUUGUGCAUUUGAAAAUGAACUAGAAGCAUUAGGUGUUUAUGGUACAAUAAGAAUACAUCACUUCCAGUGGAUGCCUUUACAUCUGGACACAAGUUUACUGAGUCUCGAAAUACCGAAUCUAUACAGUUCUCUCUUUGUAUAUAAAAACUUAACUUAUCUACCUGUUUUGUCCAAGUGCUUGUGGCAACUCAAUUUUGUAAUAGGUAAACCAAGGUUUAUUUUAUGUCUAGGUGAGUAUUCUAAAGCAGUUCUAGCUCAAUUUGAUCAAUGCUGUGAAGACAGAGGAGAAACUGAUAGACUAGAAUCUGAUUUUGGAGCCUUAAUAAUAAUGGAUAGAAACAUAGACUACACAAGUGCAUUAUUAACUCCAGGUACAUAUGCAGCCCUACUGGCUGAGAUAUACAACGUUAGUGCAGGGAUUUGUGAAAAAAAGGAAGAGAAACUAGAAAAAUUUGAUACGAAAUGUAAUCCUUUACCAGAAAAACAAUCAAUUAACUUUAGUUUAGAUAGUAAUGUUGAUAGUAUUUACUAUGACAUUAAAAAUAGAUAUUUUACAGAAGUAUUAUCUGUUUUAAGUAAUUUAACAAAAGAGUUAAAAACAGAAAAGAUGAGUUCCAGGGAAAUGGCAUUAGAUGAAAUUAAACAAUAUGUACAAACACAACUACACGCAACUAAAUCCAAGAAGAAGUUUAUAACAAACCAUUUACAGGCUGCAGAAAGUAUAAUCAACAUCUUAGGCCAUAGAUACGAAAAUCAGAAGAUGGUGGAACAUAAUAUAGUAAGAAACAAUGAUAGAGCCUUAAACUUAAACUAUUUGGAAGAGGUUUUAAACACAGAAAAUGACAAAUACAUAACAUUGCGGUUAUUCUGUCUGUUAAUACUGUAUCAGCCAAUGAGUGAAAGCGAAAUUAGAACAUUCUGGCUAAAAUUCUUGCAUCAGUUUGGCUUUAGCUAUGGUUUUGCUUUUCAUAAUCUACUGAAUAUAGGUUUUAUUCCAGAGUCAGUAGAAACAAGCAAUAGUUUAAAUAUACAAGGAAAAUUGAAGAUUCCAAUUUUUAGUUCAAGUAAUAGCCAAAUCAAUUCUAAAAAUUUAAAACAAAUCCCACCUGAUCCUACUGCAGUGAAUCUAAAGUUUCCUACAUGUACCAGUUAUGUAUUUGGAGGCAACUACAUUCCUCUUAUAACCCAAAUAGCUGGAAUGAUUCUUAAUUCAAUUCCUUUAGAUGAGAUUAGAACUAAAUUGGAAGUGUUUGGUCAUCUAUCGUUAAGAAAUGAAAGAGGAUAUCCUCUUCAGAAUAGGAUGGUGCUUAUAUAUAUGAUUGGAGGAGUCACUUACGCUGAAAUAGCUGCCUGCAAUUUACUGGAAACUCUAACAGGGACACAAAUUGUUAUUUUAAGUGAUAGAGUUGUUACUGGGAAUUAUUUAAUGCAAGGCAUUUUAGAUUAUCCCAAAUGAUGAUUUGUUUUGUGAAAUUUUGGUUUCACCAUAGCUAUUUGAAUCUCUAAGAAGGUAUCAUAUCAUAAACUAUAAUUAGUCUACUGAAGAGACGGAGAAAAAAAUGCAUGAUCUUCACGUGACUAUAGCUCCUGGCAUGAACCAUGGCCAGUGACAACCCCUUUAUCUAUGUAUUGUACACCCAUCUAAACUUUACACAGACAGGGUCUCUCUCAUCAGCCAUGGUUUGCUUGGGUAGCUGUAUGAUUAUUUCAUUGAAUACCAACAGUUGAUUUACUUACUUCAAUAAAGUUGUAUAUGUCUGUGAUCGGUAUUGUGUACAAGGGAGUGCGUUAAGGAUUUUGAAAAAAUAUUGUGAUUUAUUCACAUGAUAACUCCAUCUGUUCGGUAGAUGAAUUAUAGUUAUUUGAAGUCUUCUCUUUAAAUUUUUUCAAACAUGACACUUCCUAUUUUAAUAUAGAUUUAAUACAAAGUUUUUCUUUGAUAUUUUAAAAGCAGCUGUACAUCUAGGACAUGUAAAUUUCAUGCUAUGCAAGUCUGUCCUGCAUGGCAUAUAUCUUACCUAGCCUAAUUUGUUUACACCAAAGCUAUUUCUAUGCAAUUUUAGAUACUACUUUCAUUGUUGGCAACAAAAGAAAUAUAUUGAAUCAUUAAUUUUAGAUAUUUCGCUUGGAAAUUUCAGUCCAGCAUUAAAUAUAUUCAAAUAUAAAUCAGAAAUUAUUACACAAAAUAGAUAACAUUUAAACUUACAAGAAAAAAGUUUUAUUCUACACUAAAAAAUUUUGCUAUGUUGACAACAAGAAUUUUGACAACAACUUGCAUGGAAAAUAGAACACAUUCUAAUCUUUUGUCUAGCACAGGAAUUGCUUGAAAAUAGCAUGUGGGCAUGCGCAGUUGUAUAAUAUGUCUUGCAUGGCUCUUGCAUAGCAUGAAAAUUACAUAACAUAAAACCAUCUUAAUGUUAUUACUAUGUUGUGGCCUUAAUUUGAUAACUUUUGAGAUAUUGCACUAAUGUAUGUACAUACAGUGAUGAGCGCGCUAAUAACUGGCAAAAUAACGCAGAAGAUGGAAAACAUAAUACAUUGUGAAAGAAAAAGAGAUGAAACUAGUGGAGGUGGAACUUAUCGUUAUAAACGUAUAAAUAAUUAACAUUAAAUUACAUAGUUCCCACCUUUAGACGUCUGUGACAGGAGUAUUUUAUAAAAUUCUACUGUCACAGUGACAGUUGUCAUACUCUUGUGAUACGUCUAAAGGUGGAAAACUAUUUAAUGUAAUGUUAAUUUAUACAUUUAUAACGAUCAUUUCCACCUCCCCUAGUUUCAUCUCUUUUUGUUUCACAAUCACAAUGUAUUAUGUUUUCCAUCUUUUGCAUUAUUUUUCUGGUUAUUAGCGCGCACAUCACUGUAUAUCGUUAUGCUAAUAAAUAAUUUGAAAUAUUUCUGAUCAAUCUGAAAUCAAUGAUUUUUUUACUUUAUUUACUACUAAAAAUCAGCCAUUGCACACCAUAACAUCACACAAUACAACCCACAAGUUUGAUUUCCAUUAAGAUAACUGAAUACCAUAUGAUCAUUUGUUUCUGUUUGAUUCAGUAUUAAGUUAUUUAGGAUAAAAAUAAUGGUUUCUAUAUAUAUAGCUUUUCAAUACUAUUGAUCAAUGGAAACAAAUUCAGAAGCUGUAAACUUUAAGAAAAAUGAAUUAUCAAAAAACUUUUGUAACAGUUAAUAUUACCGUCACUUUAAGACUUAUUUCUUAGUUAUUCUUCUUCUUGAGCCCAUAUGCCUUAAAAAGCAUUGGACUAUUCUUAUUAUCAAUGACUGAAUACUAGUUUUUAAUAUAAAAUGAAUAGUACUUUAAUUUUUUUAAUAAGCUGGUAGCUUUUGUUUAUAUUUCAAGAACCAUCAUAAUAUACGUCAUUGACUCCAACUGUUCUGAAAUGCAUAAGUUCAAGAUCCAAAAGUUAUUAUGAAAUAAUUAUAUGCCGAUUAUAUACAUGAUAAACAGAAUACAAUAGAUUUAAAUAAAUGUAAUAUAAAAAUUAUGUUAUACACUCACCGAUAAAAAUAUUGCAUAUUUAAUUUUCAAGAAUAUUGUUUUGUUAUAUGAAUGUUAUUUAUGUUUGUUUAAAAUGUAAUUUAUUUUUAAAUUAUAUUUAAUAAAAUAUAUAUUUUUAAAUAGAAA